CGGACACCUAUCAGACUUCAAUAGCUGCGGCUGCAGAAGAAACUGCCAUGACUUCUCCAGUCAACAGCUCAAUGAGGGCGUAUUCUGCAGAGAUGCCUUCUUAUGGCCAGCUGUCACACUUGUCAUACUUGGCAGGGCAAUCGCCUUCGCGGCGCAUCUCUGCAGGGACUCAGACUCGAGAGAUUCCACAAGUCGACGACGAAAGUGCCUCGAGUGAGGAGAGCGAUGAUGGCCUUGGACCUCUCCCGUUGGCCCACCGUGUCUCUGCACAGGUCUUGGGCUGGGGCGCCGCUGUUUCACAACACCGCCGCAGUUCGGCGGAGGACCUCGUCAGACAAGGAAUGAGCCAAGCACAAGCCAAUGCAGAAGUGGUUGCACAGCACCGAGAGGAAAUCUUAUACGAGCUAUUCUCACGGUAUGUUUUGGUGAUUGGCAUGUUCUCUCUCGUCCUGAGUGCUGCACUCCUUGGUCUAGCUACAUGGCAUAUUCUGGAAUACGUGAAGUAUCAUGAUGUAGUUUGCGAAGGUUCUUUGAAGCUGCUGACAAAGAUCAUUCUCGGCAUUUCCUUUUUUGAUAUCGUCAUGGGUACAAGAGUUUGUUGCAUUGAGAUUGAUGAAACCUCCGUGCCAAGCAGAUGGAGAUGCAAAGAUUGUUGCGUAGUCCUGCUGCUUUGUGUGAUGGCCAUUAAUGUUUGGAUUCUUUUGUGGCUCGGUGCAGCCUCGAAGCGGGGCAACAUUGAUCCGUACGAUCCGACGAUGGAUGUGUACCACUUGCCCAGCUGCAGAGAAAAAGCACCGGGACUUUGGGAUGCCACUGUGGCGCACGGCAUCGGCCUGGUGACGUACACCAUCUAUUUGAUGGUGAGCUUUGUUGGGGUUGGCAAUAUGUUGGGGGCCAUGUUGCGUCGCGGCUUGUUAAGAUCUCGUGGCGCUGCCCCAGUUGGCUGCUUGGAAGAUAGCACAGUGCCAGUCGUGGAAGUCGAGGAGGACUAUGAAUGCCUAAUUUGUUUGGAAGAGGUCGACGAAGAGUCUGGGGUCAUGACCAAGGAAUGCCACCACAUUUUUCACCGACAGUGUCUAAAGCACUGGUUGCAAGUAAACAGCACAUGCCCUUUGUGUCGGCUGAGCUUAGCCAGGCAUUAAUUAGCCAGACGUGUACAGCAAUCAGCUGAAGUCAAUCACAAUUUGAUCCAAUGUUUCUGUCCCCAACUGGCAGCCCUCUCCGCACCAAAAUCACAUUUCUGUCUACGUGCAUGUCGUGUCUGCCAAGCAAACGCCAGUCCUCUAUUGCAGCAGGUGUUUCGUUUGGAACAUUGAAAUGAACGUUUGGCGAUGCACAUUUUUUGUUUUUUGCUACGUUGGGCUUUGCAGCUUUCUCACCAGCCCAUGGAUUCAAGAAUUCACGCCAUGAAGUUAAACCG